AUGGCCCGGCCAGCUGCAGGGCCUGGUGGUAUCUCGAAGUUCGGUAAUGAUUUCGGUUUACAGCGGUGGAGGAAUACGCCACGUUACGACCAGACACAGCCGUUAGAAGGCUCAGUCUGUGGUUACGGAUUGUCAAAUCCAUUUCACGAAUCCUUAUUCUCCUGCCCCGCAGCUUCGUGGCCUCAAGCCAAGCUAGGACGCCCUAAUACACCUCAGGAGCCCUCGAAAGAUCUCAAGAGAAUUUUGUCCCAAAUUUCACCCAAAAGGAUCGAGGCUACUAUUAGAAAAUUGGUCUCCUUUGGCACUCGACACACUCUUUCUACUCAGACUAAUGCAACACACGGCAUUGGGGCCGCAAGGGAUUGGAUUGCAUCUGAGUUUCAGCGAUAUGCAGAUGCAAGUGAUGGCAGACUGACCGUCAAGGUAAUAGGCUAUGAGCAGCAGCCAGAUGGAAGCCGUGUGCUAUUUCCCGUCCGAAUCAGCGACGUGGUUGCCACACUCAAGGGAAGUGAGGACCCGGAAAGAGUCUACGUUGUUUCCGGUCAUUAUGAUUCAAGAGCUAGUGAUCCACUUGAUUAUAAGACUGAUGCUCCUGGUGCGAAUGAUGAUGCUUCUGGAGUUGCUGUCUCACUUGAGAUUGCCCGUGUGAUGUCACAGCGCAAUCUCCCACGGCCAAAGGCAACGAUAGUUUUUGCCGCUGUGGCGGGAGAAGAACAGGGCCUUCUUGGCUCUAACUUCCUCGCCCAGACGUACCGCAAUAGCUCUACCAAUGUAGAAGGGAUGUUUACAAAUGAUAUCAUCGGUUCAUCCACUGCUGAUGACGGCACGAAGGAACCGCAUGUCAUCCGACUUUUUGCUCAGGGAGUACCUCCUCUUAACGUUGAAAACCAAGCAAUGAGAGAGAAGCGUCUUAUGAUUGGCGGUGAGAAUGAUACGCCUGCCCGCCAACUAGCACGCUUCGUCAAAGAAACUGCCGAAAACAAGUAUACCGACAUGCAAGUCUCGGUUAUCUAUAGGCUUGAUCGGUACCUACGUGGUGGUGACCACCGCCCAUUCCUAGAGGCAGGAUACCCAGCAGCACGCUUCACAGAGCCAAACGAGAAUUAUGCACACCAGCAUCAGAAUAUUCGUAUUGAGAAAGAUCCUAAAACGGGCAAGGAUAUACAGUAUGGAGAUUUGCCUGAAUUCUGUGACUUUGACUUUAUUUCCAGGGUUGGCAAAGUCAAUGCGGCAGCACUCUGGAAUCUGGCAAUGUCCCCCGGUAUGCCGCGCAAUGUUCGUGUUGACACCAGCGACCUUUCUAAUGAUAGUAAGUUCACCUGGGAUCCUCCGGCGGGUGGUAAUGCAGGCGUUGGUGGCUAUGAGAUUGUCUGGCGCAGCACAAUUGCGCCUUUCUGGACCAAUGUGAUGGAUGUAGGGAUGGUACAGGCGGCCACAAUAGAUCUCAGUAAGGAUAAUGUCAUCUUUGGUAUCCGGGCCCGCGGCAAAAACGGCGAGAGAGGCGUUGCAGUUCUCCCGUUCCCCUGA